AUGCCUAAAUCUAUGCAACAUGCGGUAUCUUCUGCUGCACUCCAUGCAGCAAAAAAUCAUCUCAACGCCAGAGUCAUCCGCGACAACGUGGAAAGUCGUGUACAAGAACUUCUUUCCAGUUCUCCAGCAAUGGCACCACUAGAAACUCUGGCAUAUGCACAGGCCCUCUUCAUAUAUCAAGUACUCCGCCUAAAAGAUAAUGAUUCCCGAACUUAUGCCAUCUACGAAUCUACCAUGCCUCACCUCGAAGAAGCAUCCAACGCCCUCAUCCCCUACAUCGCUUUCGAUGAAACAGCAGACUCACCAGAUCACACCGCAGAUCUCAUUCCCCUCUAUCCUGCCUCUGCAGCACAAGCCUUCUGGACAAACUGGAUCUUCCAAGAAUCAGCCAAAAGAACCCUCGGCAUGAUAAACUUUUUCAUAUUGACAUAUUACUUCAUGAAAGGCGAGUCAGGUAAUAGAUGCGGCCAGAAUAAAAACAUCGCUGUGAAUCGGUCUGUCACCAUGUCUGCGCAUUUAUGGAAAGCUCAAGAUGCUGUUGACUUUGCACUGGCGUGGCGAAAUAAGAAGCACUUCGUGAUAAAUGUGAGCGUACCGAAUUUCUUGGAGACGAUAAUCCACGAUGCCCAGAAGGAUGACAUUGAUGCUUUUGGCAAGAUAUGUCUGACAUCGUUGAUGGGACUUACUGAGGCAAAAGGCUGGUUAGCUAUGAAGGGGAUUGCUUUAUAA